AAGUUGUAUCCACUAUUGUACAGAAUAAUCCCCGGAGUCAACAGUUGUUAUGGAAGCAAAUGGCUUAGAGCCUCUCAUUUCCAAUUUGUCAUCUGACCCUGAUGUAACUGUCCAGCCAAAGCACUUUAUGCAAUAUCUUCCUUGAUUCGCCACAACAAACCUGGUAUUGCAGUAUUUCGACUUGCAAACGGUUAUGCUGCCUUGAGAGAUGCUUUGGGAACUGAGAAUGUAAGAUUUCAAAGGAAAGCCUUGAACUUGAUUCAAUACCUACUGCAUGAAAAUCCAUCAGAUUGCAAUGUUAUGAGCGAGCUGGGGUUUCCCCGCAUAAUGAUGCAUCUUGCCUCUAGUGAGGAUGCAGAAGUAAGAGAAGCUGCUCUUCGUUGUUUCCUUGAGCUUGUUCAGGACAAGACUGGUGGGAACAAUGGUGGUCUAGGCGAAGACAACGAGAAGCUGAAGCAAAUUCUUGAAGAACGAGUUAAAGCUAUCAGUUUGAUGUCUCCUGAAGACCUAGGUGCUGCCAGGGAGGAGAAGCAGCUUGUGGACUCCCUUUGGAGCAUGUAUUAUAAGGAGAUUUCUUCCCUUAGAGACAAUGAACUUUUAGCACUUCCUGGUGAAGAUGAGCCUCCUCCUGAUGUUGCCAGCCAGCAUUUUGAGCCUCCUCCCCGAGGUUGGGCUCGAACCAGCGAUUCAAACUCCAGUGUGAAAAAGCAGGAUGCUCCUCUAUUAUUAGGACCAAGCCCUUGAAACUGAUGGUCUCAAUUGUUUAGGUGCCAGACUGCCAGUAGAACAAGUCAACUGAAGCUGAUGUUGGGAAAUCUUCACAUAAAGCCCUAGGCACAUCCUGAUAAAAUUAGCACUAGAUUUGUUUAUUUUGGCAUGUUUUUCAGAGUUGUUUGUCCUGUUGAUCACUGUUACAUAUUUUUAAUUUAAUAUAUGAUUUUCACUGGGUA